GGAUGCGUCCCACAGAAGCCGAAAAGAGUAUAUAUGAUCGCACAAUUUUGGACUAGCUUCAUAGCCUAUCCCAUCAAGCUCCGACCCCACAGUACCACAGCCGUUCUAUAUAAUCCCCUCCAGCGUCGUUGCCAUCUUUCUUUCUCAACUCAUCCCGACAAAUCCCUUCUGCCGCCAAACCCGCCCAUUCGCCUUCUCGUCGACCAUUCCUCCCCCUCAACAGCCCAUCACCACCCGUAUCUUUAUCGUCUAGGCAGGACCAGACUUUUCAUACCUAGACACUCUUUAUCCACAUCCCUCACCGCCAGCACAAUGCCCGCCCGGGACCCCAUCCACCCUGCUUCUCUUUGCAAGCUCUCCACCCACAGCAAGCCUGUGGUGGACUGUCUCCGUACGCGAGUGCGAUCAGACUUCCUUGCUCGCGUCGCCGACAAGACUGCUUCUGUCAUUCGUAUUGCCCCCUCCACUCCCUCCACAUCCUAUCUCCCCUCCCCUCCUUCCAGCCCUUCCAACACCCGCACAUACUUUGACCUCAACGGCAACGCUGUCGAAUGGUGGCAAGCCCCCAAGACUAGCGUCGACGAUUUGAACGCCGAGCUGCCCGAGCUUCAAGAGUUCAUCCGCGGUUUGGUCGUCCAGAGCAACGUGCAGAUGCCUACGCUGAGCGUCACCCUUGUGUACCUCGAAAGGCUGAAGGAGAAGCUGCCAUCUGUGGCUACUGGCAUGAAGUGCACCCAGCAUCGAGUGUUCCUUGCCGUGCUCAUCUGCGCCGCCAAGUACCUCAACGACUCUUCGCCCAAGAACAUGCACUGGCAAAAGUACGGCCGCUUUUUCUCCCUCGCCGAGGUCAACCUCAUGGAGAAGCAACUCCUCUACCUCCUCGACUACAACCUUCGAGUGGAGGAGACUGAGCUCGCCGAGCACCUUCAGGGUUUCUUGCCUUCUCCCCCUGCUCCCCGGGCUGUGGCCCCUACCCCUGCGUCCAUCCCCAGCUCUUCUCGAGUUCCCCUCUCCCCUUCCUCUCCUACACACUCUGCCCACGGCAAGUCUCGCUCUUCCGACUUUCACCGUGCCAGCAUUGCCUCCGCUCUCCCUCUCUCCAGCGCUAUCCCCCGCCCGGUCGAGCUCCAACGGAGCAACACCGACGAGCACAUUGGCUACCGCCCUACCAUCUCUCGACCCGCGCCUGUGCAUGUGCCUCGUUCGGUCGCCCGCCCACCCAGCCCAGGCAGUGCGAGUACCACGUCUUCAAGCGUGCUCUACGCCGACCUGUCGACACCUGCGCUGCGCCGAGACAACGGAGAUUAUGACGACUCUCCUCAGGCUGCUACCACACCUGAGGAAGGCAGUCGAUGGAGCGGGUACGGCUACGGUGGUGUGCCCAUCGCUAGCAAGUACUUGAGUCGCAGGCCUGCGUACGAGCCUAUCAUUGUGGACUCUAGCGCCUCACCAGUGGCCAAUACUUUCUCUAUGGUGAAGGAGAGGGAGGGUCUGUUCAAGAGAGCAGGAAGGACGUUCAAGUUUAACAAGCGGGUGGUAUAAGGCGGGAUCAGUGCAUUUUUUGUAGAGAUGUUGUAUCAGUAUAGUGUAGUGUUCAUAGCAUAAAGUAAGUAAUAGUAUACAGGGCAGGCGCUAGUCGCCAAGAUUUAUAGUAAACAGUCAUCUGAGAUGCAAAAGCAUAAUGAACAGA